AUGACAAAUAAUCUUGUUGUUCUGCACAUAACUCGCUUACCCAAAUAUUUUGGACCAUCUGAAUUGCGAAAAUACAUUGAGCAAUUCGGAAAAGUUCAUGAACUCUAUAUACCAAAGUCUAAAAAGACUGGUAAGUGGAAAGACAGUGCUUUCGUUCGAAUGUCUAAUGAGGCUGCUCCUCUCGUAGCCUCGACGUUAAACAACUUGCUGCAAUUCAAUAAAAUAAUAAAAUGUGAAGUCUUAGCAGACAAUAAGCGACUAUUUCGAAUAAGCAGAUACCUACGAAAUUCGACUCGUGCAUCACAUGAAGAAAACCAAACCAUAGCAACAUUAAAGCGUGUUACAGCCCUAAACGCCCGCAAAGGAAUGGAUUUUACUAAUAAUUCAGUAAGAAAAUCAUUACCCCAAGCUGUCCGAAGGCGUAAACAUAACUUCCAGAAACGAAUUGCAGCAAUUAAAAAGACCAACUUGAAUUUCAGAUUUCAUGAGACCGACCACUAA